AAUUAGAUACGGUGAACUCACUUGUUUGGAAGUUUAGCAUCCGCAAAGAUGUAUUUACAAGCAUUCAGUUUCCUGGCACUUUCAUACCGAACCUGACACACACAACUGCUUCUGCACUCUCACACAAUUCUUAUGCAGAAAUUCUGCAGAACCUCACUGUUGCUGUUAUGUUGUAGCUGUAUUUUGUGGAAAUGCGUUUUAGUCAAAAUUUUUCAAAACUCUCACUGACCCCAUUCUCUGUUACUCUGUAUAAGCCUAAUAGUUAAAAUUUCUUUGGCCCCCUCAUUUUCGGGAUGAGCAAUGAUGGUACAGAAUGAAGAACACACUUUGUUCCUACAGAGACUUAAGCCCGCAAAGUCUAUGUAUUUCUUCAGUGCAUGGAGUUAUGCAUGUUAUUUUUUUUUUGUCAUAUGAGGGGACAAGGCAUGUCUCUACAGUCUGUCACUUGUGAAUCUUCACUCAUUUUCCUCAAGUGAUGUCCUUACAGAGGCAAGAUAGUUCACUUUGGUAUGUGUUGCAGGAAGGAUCCCAUAUAAAUUGUCAAGAAAAAAACAUAGAAUGAAAACUCAGUCAUGUUCCUUAAGUAUUAGUUGCAGAGAAUGUGGUUAUUCCUCUGUUUUACUUUUCCCUUUCUCAGUUGAAUAGGGAACUUAAUUUAUUACAUUUAAGUACCACGUAAUUGACCUCUGCCCUGACCCAAUAUUCCAGGGGACUCAUUCCUGCUGUUAGAAAGGCGCAGACGAGGACCGCCUUUGGUGCGGAGGCUGCUGCUAAACGCCGCUUCCUCCCUCCCUUCCCAGGACGGGCAACGCGCCGGGAUGCCGAUGGAGCCACUGGAAAAUAAUGACAAAACACGCAUCUGAGGAGAGGAUGAGGAAGUGAAAUCAGACGGCUCCGCCGCCCUACGGGAAAGGGGAGAAAAAAGGAAUUAAAUACAAAUCCUCCAGCAGAUGAUUAGUUUGUUGGUUGCGAAGAGCCACGGACUCUUUGUGCCCUGAUGGGGGACUCAGGAUCCAGACGAUCGACUCUAGUAUCUCGGUUGCCAAUAUUCAGGAGAAGUAUUAGCCGGAGACACGACUCCCUCCCUUCCUCACCUUCUUCUGCUAAUGCCGUUGGUGUCCACACCUCCUCCCCAUCCAGCACUAACUCCAGCUCAGGGAGCACAGGCAAGCGCCGGAGUAUUUUCCGCACUCCUUCCAUUAGCUUCCAUAACAAGAAAGGGAGUGAGCAGAAGCCUGACCCAGCUAGUCAAAAUGUUAACAUCUCCAAUGGUGCCCAGUCCUCUCUCAGCACUCUGCAAAAACUGAGCUUAGAGGAACACAUUAAAAGCAGAGGAAGGCAUUCGGUUGGCUUUGGCAGCUCACGCAGCAAGAAGAUAACAAGGUCUUUGACAGAUGACUUUGAAAGAGGAAAGGAGCCCUCAGCUAAUAAGAAUGUCUUUAUAAAUUGCAUAAGCUCUGGGAAGAAUGAGGGUGAUGAUUCGGGCUUUGCAGAGGAGCAGAGCCGAUACUCUGUCAAACAAUCCACGCGAAAACUUCUCCCUAAAUCUUUCUCGUCGCACUACAAAUUUUCCAAACCAGUUCCGGAGAGUCAGUCGGUUUCCUCUGUGCAGCAGUCCAGGUGCUUGCUGGAGUUUAAAUCGUAUGUGGAAAGUGAACCUGUGAUCGCCAAGUCCUCUCCUCCAUGUUCGGCCGAAACGACAGAGUGCAUGGGGAGCUCCUUGCAGUCCCCGCUGCUGUCGGCUGACCUCACAGCUGCCCAGACCCCCUCUGACUUUGUCACCCUGACAGAGGAUUCUGUUUCAGAGGUUGAUGCUCUGCCCAGCAAUGGGACUGGGGCGCUGCUCACAGAGGAUUUUGGCCACAAUGUCUCUACCUCUCAGGUCUUCUUUAAUCCUGCUGCUGCUCCUGCGAGGGAAAUGGAUAUUGUGGAAAGUACUGGCCAUUCUGCUGGUGUAUCUCCUUUGAGUCAUGCGAGCUCGUGUAGUGUUGAAUCCGAUACCUUAUUCAAAACCUCAGCUGCUAAUCAAACAAAAGUAUUGUUGCAAGCCAAUGAACUACAUAUUAAUGAUGCCAGGCACAUAGAAGAAAUUAACUCAGCAAAUGCACAUUUAGAAACUUUUGCGUUACAGCAUAGAGAAGAACCAGUGAUACUCUCUCCAAAGGCACAGGGGUUGAGUGGGGACAGAGAUGGAAGCAUGCCGUCCAAGCACACAAGAGAGACAAUGUCUGUAAUGGAGUCUAAGAUUGUUCCAUGUUCUGAACCUCAGUCCUUUAGAACACAACAGGGUUAUGAAACAAACCGUUCUAAAGUUGAUCUUGCCAAUAGCUUCAGUCCAUACCGAGAAGGCAGAUUUGUUGAGAAACGUCUGAGAUCCUCUUCAGAAGGUACUGCUGGAGGCAGUCGGCUGAUCAUAAAACCAAAGGAUGGAAAUACAGAAGAGCUUAACAGCCUACGGAAGCAGAGAGCAAGUUCAUCCUCUUCAAAAAUGAACAGCAUGGAUGUUUUGAAUAACUUGGGUUCCUGUGAGUUGGAUGAAGAUGACCUAAUGCUUGACUUGGAGUUCCUAGAAGAACAGCAUCACCAUCGUUCUGUUUGCCGGGAAGACUCAUACCAGUCGAUAGUCUCAUGUGCUGCUGUAGUGCUUACCCCUGUAGAGCCGGCAGUGGAUACGAGGAAAAAGGAACAGACAAUAAUGCCUGAUGUGUCUAAACAGAACCUUUCUCUGAAGCUGUCGAAGGAGGUAGACCAAGGAGAAGCCAGGUACCCUCGUGUUAGCCAGCUGGCUGGCAGCCCAUCUGUGGAGUGGCCUUUUACUGGUCUGGAAGAAGGUGGAGGUAUUGAAUCUUUGCCCUUCAGAUUGAUGUUGCAAGAUUGCACAGCUGUAAAGACAUUGCUUCUGAAAAUGAAGAGAGUUCUUCAAGAGAGUACAGACAUGAGUCCAGCUAGUAGCACCACCUCACUCCCUGUUAGCCCUCUUCCUGAGGAGCCGUUAUUUUUCAAGGAUGGAAUAAAAGAUGAAUGCUCGGUGCUGAAGCUGCAGCUGAAGGAGAGAGAUGAGCUCAUAGCCCAACUUCGUGAGGAGCUGGAAAAGGCUCAAUGCUUUCAGAAGGCUCUUGUUUCCCAAGCGGAUAAAUCCACGCAGACAGAACUUGUAGGCCACGAUGCUAUAUAUCCAAACAGAAUGGUGAGCCAAAAUCUCAGCACAAGGGACAGAAAGUUAGCACAUACUCCCACCGAGGACCCUUUUAGGUACUCAUCAGGCAACCAAGCAACAGCCUAUGAAAGCAAGAGCUGUCAACUGUCUAAUUUGUGUCUGAGCAACCUCCUGAAAGAGAAGGAGAUCGCGGAAGUCAUCAAUCAUACUAAAGGCACGUAUGAAACUCUCACUUCAGAGGUCACCCAGAAUGGUUUGGCCACCAUGGCACCAAGUACAGCAAAGCAAGCAUCCAAGGCAGACAGCUACCCAAUGUUCUCAGGAGCUCCAAAAGACCAAGCUGCUGUACCUCGGCAGUAUACCACUUUCACAGGGAGACUUGGACAGCCUCCAAGGGGACCCAUCUCAUUACACAUGUACAGCAGAAAAAAUGUUUUCCUCCACCACAAUUUACACACAGCAGAGCUACAGACUUUAGGUCAACAAGAUGGGUAACAAGGUGCUUGUAUUCUUGCCGUGGAAGGGGAGUUGAUUAAAGAGGAACAUAAGCUCCCCUAGAGCUCAGUCUUCAGUUUUCAUCUGCUGCUACUUUCACCUGAAAAAAAUAAAGUAAAAAAUAAACAUGUCUGUAGGUUCCAUACUUCCCCAUCUGGGACUGUGGCAAAGGGAUGAACUAGAUUGUUAAAUAACUAUCUUGAUUUGUCAUGCAAAAGUCACCAUGGAUAUAAUAAAUGGGACCAUUUGGCUGGCACUGCUAGUCCGAUAUUGGCUAAAUACGUUUUUCUUUUCCUUUACAAGCCACUAUCAUUCCCUGACGUUCUAGAAGGUGAUCUUAAAUAAUGCUGUAUAUGUUUAAUAAUGUUACUGUUAAAGUAGAUGUGAGGAAUGAAUUGGUAAGUAAUUAGUAAACCCUCUUGAAUUUCAUAGAGACUAGGGAAGUAAGGAGUCAGAAAUCUUUGAGGACCUUCUUUUUACACUUUUUUUUUUUAAUACAAUGAAAUCUGCUCACUUGUAGAGGUGUGUUACCACUUCCUGCUGUAUGUAUUUUACAAAUACCUCAUGCCACAAGUAGAGGAAGUGACUGAUUUUCCUCUAACAGCAAGGUUGAUAGAGGCUUAUCAGGUAUUUGGGCCAGUAAUUGCGUCCCAAACUGAGGAUGUCAGCUUGGUUCCUCAACCUUCCCUUCCCUCUCCCCACCUUUAUUUAACUACAUUUUUUCAAGUGUUUUUGUUCUAUGGGGACAUGUCAAGGUGUGGUGAUGCUUGUGCUUUACAGGCACUGUAUCACUGCUGACGCAAUGUGACGUUUGAUGCUGUGUAAUGCAUCAUGUAAUUUCAUUUCACUUCCCAAACCAAAAAUGGGUGAAAGACUAAAGUAAGAGAAAUUGUCUUAUUACCCAGCCCAAAUUACCUGUGUAAGUCGUAAUUUCUGUCGACUGUAACGUCUGCGCUUAACAACCUGGUUUAUACCAACUCAGCAGGUUUUCUAGGCUUGAGCUACUACACACAAGUGAGAUGAAUCUAAUGCUACCUGAGGUGCAGCAUGCUGGGCUCAUGGGAAUAUGAAAUCAUCUAAUCAUACAAUAGAACUUGUAGACUUGUCAGUAACAAAAGAUCCUGUUUUCCACUUUCAGAGGGCUUGAAAACAGGCAUCUCAGUCGAGUUACUCUAAACAUGUGGCAUAUACUGAACAUGACGCUUAGUUUACAACCUCUGUGAUGGAGGGUAAUCUGUUUGAAUGAUAAUGGGUCAUAUAGUUAGUAGUUUAUAAAUAUUCUGGCAUGUUUAAGUACGUUUGAGGCAGAUCUGAGACAAGUCACCUCUCUCUUUAACUAGUGAUUAAUAGCAAAAUACAAGGAUGCAGCACAUUCUCACGCAAAGAAACAAACCAGUGUGACUUAACUGAAGGAGCAUAUAAUGAAAAAUGAAGCUUCUGUAGCCACUAAAAAUGCUGUAACUUUUGAGAGGUAAGUCACAUAGGGCAUAUAAAAUGAAUUAAUGCUACAAAUUUUACUUCAUGUUAAACAUAUCUGCUUAACUACUUCAUAUUUGGAUUAAAACAAGAAUUGGUUAGAUUGAGGAAAAAAUGGAGAAAAAAUGACUGUGAGCUUGGCAGAUAUUCUGCAAAAAACGUUUCAGCAGCCUGAACUUUCAGGAUUCUAUUUAUUGAGGAUUUUAAUUUAGUUAGAGCAAAUUUUAUUGUAUUAUCUGAUGUUGAAGAGAGCAGGUUUGGUCUAGAUAUUCUGUAGUGUUAAUUUGGGGUAUCCAGUGCUGGAUACAUAAGAAUCAAGACAAACGGUUGCCAAAUUUCUUCUUCGUGUUCAUGUAUGCAUUGCUACUGACAAAACAGAAUGUGGAAGAAUUGCAAACUAAGUUUGACCGAGUUAACUAUGGGUAUUCAAGACUCCCAGUCCUGCAUUGAAACUCAUAGUUUAAAGUCUACCAAAAAAAAAUUAAAAUAGUAGUAACAGAUUUUCAUUAUUCAGAAUCAUGUUUUCAUCUGAGCAAUCUCUUAAAGUUAUGGUUCAAGAGAACCAAGGACAGUUGGUUCUUACUAACAAUACAUUUCAGUCUUGCUCGUCUCAAGAGUUGACGUAUGCAGUUAUAUUUCAGAUCUGUAAAUAAAUUAACAUACACUGUCAUCAAGGAAUUUUUUUUCCAGGAUACAAAUGUACUAUACUACAUUAAAAAAAAAAAAAACACCAAAAAAACCCCAACAAACAAACACAAAACCACAAAAAUCAAAAAAAUUCUUCAAUUUUAACUUAUGUACUGUAUCUAUAGUUGUUUUUUUCCUGGAAAAAUGGACUUUUGGAUUACAAUUUAUUAAAAAAAUCCAUCUAUACAUUUCAAAAAGAACAUUUUAAAUGCUACUAUUUUCUUGGAGAAUCUUUUAUAAAGCUGAAACUUAAAAAAACUGGAGAAAACAGUUCAAUUAAAGUGAGGGAUAUUUUUAAAAUGUCAUCUUGAAGCUGUUUUGUAUCAGUAUUUUCAGCAUUGCUAUGUUAUUUGUAAUACUAAGUGUAAAUCUCACCCGGACAAGGGUAUUAGCCACAUGUUAAUGUACAGUACAGCGGUAACUGUAAAACAGAGGUCCUUCGUUUGAUCCUCUUGUGUAUAUAGUAAAUCAUAAAGCAACGGCAUGUGGACAUUCUUGCAGUGAAUUGAUUCCUUUGUACUAAAAAUCUCUAGUUUUUUAAGAGUUCCGUGUAUAAAAUGAUUUAUACAUUUCUCCAAGGCUGUACAUAUCCAAAGACAUGACACCGGGGGAAAGGCGCUUAUUAUUUUUCCCACAGAUGUACCUUUUUCCGUUUUUUUUUAUAUGUUUCUGUACAACAAAGCAUAACUGUAAAAUUUCUACUGAAAAUUACUUCUUGUUACUUCCAUAUCUUUUAGUGUGAUAGAGGGCAUUUUAAGGAGGAGGAAAUCCCCAAAGAAAAGCUGUUUCCAUUUGAAGCAAUGUCCCAUUUUCUGAAACAAUCACUUGGCAGAAGAAACAUUAGAUCUAUGCCCUAAAUAUUUUUUAGUAAUUUAGCAGAGCCACACCUGAAAUGGUGUAUCACCUCUAGACAUACUACUUCCCUUACUAGAGUGUUUCUACAGGGUGUGUUUAUAAGAUACAAUAACAUGCUAGGGCCGGCCCUGGUCAUAAAUUACUAAAAUGGAAGGAAAACACUUGUCCAGUAUUGUUCUUACAUUUGGCUUUCAGAGCAGUGGAAAGGUUUUUUGGUAUACCUUGUGCACGUGAAUGAAGAUCAAACUGUGUGCUUGUGCAUACUGGAGGGAGAAGUCUUACCUACAAACGUCUCCUCCAUUUAGGCUAUUUGUCAGCAUCUGAAAGCAUCCCUCCAUGUAAAUUUCUGCCGCCUUUUCAAGACGGGCUGACCCUCUUUACAUAAAAUAAAACAGCCAGAAUAGGUUCCUUUUUUUUUCAAUCCAGACUCUUAUAUUUAACUUUAUUGCUUUUCAUUCCAAAAUACACACAUCCACAUAAAUGUUAGAAGGGCUUUCCUUACGUGUCUGGAAAAAUUUUGAUCUGGAAAAAUUUUCUGGAAAUUUCAAAAGAGGGUAUUUCCAGACUAAGACGUUCACAUGAGGUUUGGAUAAGCAUUUGAAAGCUUACCUAGGGUAUUCAUGUUUGUCCUACAAGUUCAUUGUAGUGACUGCCUAAAAAUAAAUUGGUAUUUUUCUCUUUCCUAAAAGCCAGUUUAGAAGUAGUGAUUUCUGUCUGUGAUGAUGCACUUUAUACUGUUAAAUACACAGUAUACUCUGCAAACUAAUAAAAUUAGGCUGUUUACAAAUCAGUACUGUAGUUUACAUGCCAUAACUGUUGUGCCAUAUCUCCACUGGUUUGAUUGGUAUAACAUUCACUUCAGUUAAACUGUACUGAGUUAAGUCACCUGAUGACUGGGAUUGUACCCUUUAAUCCAGCUAGUCUCAGUUUAUGCACAGGAGAUCUAUGAAUUUGGAAAUCUUUCCUGGUUUACAGAAAAGACAAGAAAAGAUUUGACCUAGCAAAAAUGCCAGUUCAGAAUCUAGAGUGAAUCUACUUUUUUUUUUUUGUCCCUUCAUGUUCAAAAUCAAAACAUAAUUCCUGCAAAACUCCUCACACAUCUACAUAGGUCAUAAAUGAAGUCCAGUAGAGCAACAGUGACCUCUAACAAAACUUUGAAAUAAAUACCUGGAGUGAAAAAUCCAGGGGAGUCCUUUGCAGACAUUUCUAGUGGUUCAAAAGCAUAAGUUCUGUAUCUGAGCGCAUUGAUGAAAUAGGUCCUAUGGCCUCUUUUCUUCCACUCUCCCUACUGAUGAUUUUUUUUCUGGAGGAGAAUUUGCUGUUUGAAGCUUGUUCCAGAUGAAGUACACAGUACGGAGUGAGAAAGUACACUGAAAGUAGUGGUGGAGGUCUCCUCCCAGAUUGGGGCAACAUAGAGCAUCAUUUCCAGAAUGUAUUUUAGUGUUCUUCAGUCAGCAAGAAGUUGGCAGAGAUCCCUCAGGAGAAGAACACACUCAAGUCAUGCAGGCCAUGACUGCCCUUAAAUGGAGUUUACUCUAAUGUGUCCUGCGUAAGACACUUCUAAGAUCAUUUGGAAAUUUCAACAGCUGCAGAACGUAUCUUGUUGAUAUUUUUUUUUUUAAGAUAAAAAAGCCGAGUGCUGUUUUUAACGUAGUAAAAUCUGUUUGGAUCUGGCUUCCUCACUGAUUGAUCUGUCCAGGUUGUGAGAGUGUAUCCACUGUGAUGCAUAUGAUGCCGACUCCUGGACACUGGAUAUCUGAGGGGCUUAAGAUUUGCAGUGUAUUUUCAGUCUAAGGUAACUGUCUGGAUUUAAUUAUCUUCUUCUUCAAGGACCUUCUGUUGUUGCAAAGUUAAUGGUAAGGGAACUUACUUAUUGAAAUAG